UGCAAAUCGAGAGCACGCAACACAAAAUUCAGAUAAAAUUUUUAGUAUAAGAUCAAGUCAUUGAUUAGCGGCCAUGUUCAUUCUAAUUCUGAUGGGGAAAUCAGAAUUCUGUGAAGUCCGUCUGAUCGGGUGCACACUCACGUAGCAGAUUUUUUCGUUUUUCAUCAAAAAGAGAAAGAUCAUUACGAUUUACGAUUCAGUUUUUUUGGAUGAAGAGCCAAAAGCUGACCUUUUUUUGUUUGUUUUUGUUUUUGUUUCGGGAAAAAAUCAAACAAAUAGAAAAUUCGGAAUUGGGUAUGCGAGUGAUCUGUCACGAUCAGUCGCAGUCGGUUAAUCCCCCGCCCCAACCCAAAUAAGCGCCUCCGACGAAUCUCUCUUCUUUUUGGCUCCCUCUUUCGUCGCGCGCUUUCGUUUAUUCCUCGUAAAAAUCCACCCUCUUUUCUGUAGGAUUUUUGGGUAUUGUUCGAAUCUGAAAAAUAGUUGUACUUCGCGGGUUUUUGCUCAAAUUAGCAUUGGGUAUUGUUUGGGGUUCGUUUGUAGUUGAGUUGGAUUGAAUCUUUGAAGAAUUCGAUUCCUAGUGUUGGAGGAAAUUGAGUUCUUUUUGUUUCGUUAUUGAUCCGACACCAGAAUGUCUCAGGAAUUGUCAUUGGAUCAAGACCUGGACGAAUCUGAUCCCGAGUUCGUGGAGAUUGAUCCUACUGGUCGAUAUGGACGGUAUAAGGAAAUUUUAGGAAAAGGGGCGUACAAAAAAGUAUAUCGGGCUUUUGAUGAGUUGGAAGGAAUUGAAGUAGCUUGGAAUCAGAUUAAGGUAACAGAUGUAUUGCGGAACUCUGAAGAUUUGGAGCGACUCUAUUCAGAAGUUCAUUUGCUCAAGACAUUGAAGCACAAGAACAUAAUCAAAUUUUACAAUUCAUGGGUUGAUACGAAAAAUGAAAACAUCAACUUCAUUACCGAGAUAUUCACUUCAGGGACACUACGGCAAUAUAGAAAGAAACACAAGCAUGUUGAUUUGAGGGCUCUGAAAAAGUGGUCCAGGCAGAUAUUAGAGGGCCUUCUGUAUCUUCAUAGUCAUGACCCUCCAGUUAUACAUAGAGAUUUAAAAUGUGACAAUAUCUUUGUCAAUGGCAACCAAGGUGAGGUGAAAAUCGGUGACCUGGGACUUGCUGCCAUUCUUCAGCAGGCUCGUUCGGCUCACAGUGUUAUUGGGACACCGGAGUUUAUGGCGCCAGAGCUGUACGAGGAGGAAUAUAAUGAGCUUGUGGAUAUUUAUGCCUUCGGCAUGUGUUUGCUUGAGCUUGUAACCUUUGAAUAUCCAUAUGUCGAAUGUGCAAAUGCUGCUCAAAUAUAUAAGAAGGUCUCAUCAGGGAUAAAGCCAGCUUCUUUGGCAAAAGUCACCAAUCCUGGAGUUAAAGCACUUAUAGAAAAAUGUAUUGCAAAUGUCUCUGACCGCCUACCUGCAAAAGACCUUUUAAGGGAUCCAUUUCUCCUAGCAGAUGAUGAUCAUGAAAGAAUAACUCGUCACUUAAAAAACAAGACACAACACACAGAAGAAAAGAGAGAGCAGCUCCAUAUCGAUAGAUGUACAGAUGAUACUUCUGCUGAGACUACCAGAGACUUCAGCAUGCAUGGUCAGAGAAAAGAUGUUAACAAGAUAUUUCUCAAAUUACGAAUUGCUGACGCCUUGGGUAAUGUCCGCAACAUCCAUUUCCCAUUUGAUAUUGAAGCCGACACAGCAAUUUCUGUUGCAAGUGAAAUGGUCGAGGAAUUGGACCUUUCAGAUCAAGAUGUCUCCACAAUUUCUGAAAUGAUCGAAACUGAAAUCCGGUCCUACAUUCCAGACUGGACAUCAGUUGAGUAUGGUGUAGAUAAUGUAGGGGGAGAUGUUGCAAUUUCUGAUAGCUCUCCAUCUGAAACGAGGAAUGGUGCCUCUCCCUUGUCUAUUGAAUCUGGUAACCUUGCAUUAGAGAUAAUGCCUUCAGGUCGUAAGUACUGGUCUGACUCUCCAAAGGGAAUUGGUGGGUGCUCUCCUGUUAAGCCAGGUCCUUCAAACUUGUCUUGUAUGGAUCAGAAUGUUGAAUCUUCUGGCAGCCACAUGCCUAGGGAUAAUCUAGAUCAUGCUGCUAUAAUUAAGGGACUGGAAAGUGAGCUUUUGUCUGAUUAUGGCGGUAAUGGCGGGCAGGAUGAGGGUAGCUCAACUACAAAUCUUCAUGCUAGCUCUGAUGCACACCCUUCAGAAGAGAACUGUGGAGUUUCAGAACGUGAUGAAUCAGAAUUCAUCGAGGUAAUGGCUGAAAAACUUGAUAAACUGUUGAUACAGCAGCAAAAGGAAUUAGAUGAGCUAAAGAGGGAGCAUAAAUUAGUUAUUUCAGAACUUUUGAGUGAACUUACACCUGAGUCCUAUGAGAAGGUUUUAAGGAUAUGCAAGCUAGAGCCUUCUGAUUAUGACUCGGGUCUCUGAAGUGGACUGCAGAUUCAAGUUUAAGAUUCUGCUAUUGUAUUCUGAAUGUAAUGCUCUACCUCGUUGCUCCCAAAUGCAAACCAGUUUACACAAAUUCUCGUUUGGUGAAGAUUUAGUUUUUAAUCUUCAAACUAGCUAAAACUAUCCUUGGAACUUGGAAGUUAAAUCUUCUAGUCAGCCGAUCCAGUUAAGAAGAAGCAUGAUGCUGAAAGCUGUUAAGGAAAUGCUAACCAAUGAAAAAAUCCAAAGCCGUAAACGAUACUGGCAUCACUUCCUACUAUGUAUCGGCUAUCAUAAAGCGAUUCGUGCACAGAAUGAGACACAGAUCUACCACAAACACUUUUAUCUUUUAGCACAGAAUGGGAGAGACAUUGUUCUGCUAUGAGUUUGUGAUGGUGAUGUGCAAUGCUGGAAAUUUUUCAGAAGAUGCUCAGCCAAGAGAAGGGAAGACACAACACACUAAAUUUUAUUAGCCAUUCUGUACUACACUCUGACGUAGAUAGUUGAAAUUCUUUCAGAUAGAUUCUUGUACAGAGAUAAUUUUUCCAUGCUCUGUUCAUUUCUGGAUGUUUCUACUUCCUGGUCGAUAUAAUAACUAGUUGAUCAGAUAUUGUUUAUUCUUUUGGAACUCGUUUUUUAAGUUUUUGAUAAAAUGGUGUGAUCAUGAUGAAUGAAAAUUACUUUGCCUUUUGAAUGUAGCAUGCUUGUCCUCUCAUAUUCUUUGAGAGCUGUUCCCCGAA